UGCAGAUGGCUGUGAGGAGCUCCGGCACCCUGACCUCCUUCUCCAUCCAGGCCAUCCUGAACAAGAAGGAGGACCGAGGGGCCACCUACCCCAGGCUGGGCCGCCUGAUCCCCGCCAGCGGCAGCCCCACCACCCCCGCCUGUUGCUGGAGGCUGUUCGGGGAGGUGGAGGCCAGAGGACUGGCAGGGAAGGAGCAGGCUGGAUGGGACUCGGACUCUGCUCUCAGUGAGGAGGGGGACCCGGGGAGGCCGGUGGAGGGAAGCCUGAGGAUGGAGGGAUCGGGGGUGAGGCCCCUGGAGGCCAGACCGAAGAAGGAGGAAGAAGAGGAGACCCCGGGCUGCAGUGACUGUGAGAUCGCAGCCAGUGGCACAGAUCCCAGCCCCCCAGAUGAGGACCCCAAGUGUGACCAGCUCCUCCUGGAGGCCCCCAAGCAGAGGAAGAAGCGGUCCCGGGCCGCCUUCUCGCACGCUCAGGUCUUUGAGUUGGAGAGACGAUUUAACCACCAGCGAUACCUGUCCGGACCAGAACGGGCCGACCUGGCCGCCUCCCUGAAGCUGACGGAGACCCAGGUGAAGAUCUGGUUCCAGAACCGCCGCUACAAGACCAAACGACGGCAGAUGGCUGCAGACAUGAUGGCCACGGCCCCCGCCGCCAAGAAAGUGGCAGUGAAGGUCCUUGUGAGGGACGAUCAGAGACAGUACCAGCCUGGAGAGGUGCUGCGGCCGUCACUAGUCCCCCUACAGCCCCCAUACUAUUACCCCUACUAUUGUGCCCUGCCUGGCUGGACGCUAUCGGCUGCCGCAGCGGCCGCAGCAGCCGCGGCCGCCUGCACUGGAGGGACACCUUAAAGCAGCCGCUAUUUAUUCUACUCAUCACUGUCCGAAAUCAGGGGAGCUGGGGCUAUCCCCCUAAUCAGCCUGCUGACUACAUCACAAGAUCAAAGCAGACAGGCUUCCUCCAUGGUAUCCAUGCUGUUUGAACUAUGUAUAAGAUUUACAUAUUAUAACUACAUAUAUUUUUAUAGACUGGACUUGGUUGGGAACCAACAAAAGGUGCUAGCUGGGAAAUGAGUACCGAAUCAAGGACUGCCAGUCCCUAAAUGACUCUGUGGGUGCAACUAGUAGGAUCUGGGGGGUUCUGACAUUCCAAAAUCUUCCUGCCUAUUCCAAGUCUGAUGUUCCUUCCUUCAUCAGAAGGCCCUACCCCAUGGAGAUCUGAUACUGCCCCUAGCACUUUCCUACUAGAAAUCUGUAUUUUUUCAUAGCCAAUGUGAAGAUUGAUGGUAGGACAGAGUCUUCCUAAGAAUAGCCUGAGUGCCUGGCCUGCUUUGUGGAGAUGAUCCUGUAGAGGUGGCCUGCAGCAGAGGGCUCCAGAAUGCUCUUGUUGUCAAUGUUUUAUUUUUCGUUUUUUUAAGAUGAUGUACGUUUCCCUCUAAUUUAUAAACUACAGUUGGAAAAACAAGACCUUCUUGUGAUUUAUUCUAUAAUAAACUGUUUUUUUUUU